AUGCAAGGUUUUCAAGGUGGUUGUGGUCUGGACAAGUGGAGUCCGCCGGUAGGGGAUUUUGUUAAGGUGAAUUUUGACGGGGCCACUUUCAAAAAUCAGCAGUCAUGUGGUGUGGGGGUCAUCAUUCGUGCUCAAAGUGGUGAGCCGAUAGCUGCCUUCUCGGAACAAAUCCCGACAUGGUUGGAGGUCGAUUGUAUUGAAGCCCUUGCGGCUGUCAAGGCACUGGAGUUUGCAACAGAAUUGGGGCUAACCAACAUUCAUUUGGAAGGUGAUUCUCUGACUGUGGUGAAGGCUAUCCGAGACGAGAGCAAUCUAUGUGCUUCUUUUGGUCAUUUUUUACAAUGUGCCAUUUCCUGUACCAAGCAAUUCUUACAUUUUCAUGUCUCGCAUGUGAGGCGAAAUGGCAACCUUAUGGCUCAUCACUUGGCCCAAAUGGCAAAGGAAGCUCCAGACAAGCGGGUGUGGCUUGCUGAGGUCCCUGCCAAUUUGGUGCAUAUUUUGUUGAAUGAUGUUCCUAUUCUGUAG